CGCAGAAAGGCGACUGCGGCGUAAGCUCUCCCAUGUCCUCGUACUCUCCUGCCUGCCUUCUCUAUAGCGUGAAUUUCCGGCGGAUGUUCGGGUAGCUUUUCUCUGCAGAGUAUCCCGCGCCCCGCCGGGUGCAUCGCCUGAACCUUCGGUAACCAUUACACUGAGGUCUGGGAGCACCUUCAUAGGAAGCUAGUUUUUGGUCUCACGUGUCUUCGCUGUCUAUGAGCGCACAGUGGUGGUCUCCAUGGUGAAGCAUUUCCCUUCGUGGCGCGGGGGACGCCAGUGAGAAAAGCAUCUAAGGACUUGUCGCCCGGCCGGACGUGUGCCGAUGAGGCCUGCGCUGCUGCGGUUCCUUGCCGAGUGACGACUGCUCAGCAUGGCGGUGGCCGUGCUGCGGUGCCUGGAAGCGGAGCCUUUCGCCCAGGAGCUUCCCGCGGGGACAGGGCUGCUGGUGGCCCCGGCUGGGUUGCGGUGGGCGUCGGGCCCGGGCGGCAUGCUGGUGCUGGCCUUGCGCCCGGCGGAGUCGGCGGCGCAGCCGGUGCUGCUGUGCGCGACGCUGCAGGAGAGCGAGGCCGGCUCCUCGGCGGGGCCGGAGCUGUGGCUGAGCCGGGCGUCGCUGCGGCAGCUGGGCUUGGCGGCGGGCAGGCGGCUGCGAGUGUGGCCGGUGCGGAGGCCGCCCGUGCUGGGCUGGGCGUUGUUGGGGGCGGCGGCGGCGGCGGCGGCGGGGGGGCGCGCUCCUCCUUCGCGCGCGGGCUCCGGCCCCAGCUCGGCCGUUCUGGUGCGGCGCGGAGAAAGCUUGCCGGGCUGCGGGCCACUGGUGCUGGAGACCCGGCCGACGCUGCAGGGCCUGCUGGGCGCCGGCACCCGCCUGGCCGUGACUGAGCUGCGGAGCGGCGGUGGGGAAAAGAGGGAGCCUGUGCCGCCCCGUCCGCCACUGGUGUCUGCCUGGGCGCGCCCCGGCGAGCGGUGGGUAAGGGCGAAGCGCAGAGCCCCUGCCCCGGGGGUCGGCGAGGGUGCGCAGGCUGAGACUCUGUGGGUGAGCCGCCGCUGUUUGCGCAGCCUGGGCCUUUUCCAAGGAGAGUGGGUUUCGGUGAGCAGAGAGCGCGGAGAGGAGGACGACGGCUGCCCGGGCAGUAGGCCUCACUUGGCCAUCGUGCGCACUCUGGAGCCACAAUGGGACUUCCCUCUUCGCCGACCCGCCGAGGAGACCUGUUUGCAUGGGGAAGCAGCGCUCGUCUCCCCUGCCUUGGCCUUCAACCUGUCUUGCGACCCUUUGGAUGGCAGCCUCCUCAAGAUCCAGAGAUAUGGGGAGACUGCAGGUACAGAAGAGGAGAAAGGAAGUCGGUCCUUGCUGUCCAUACCACCCUUUGCCAAGGAGCUACAUAUAGAGAUUGUUUCCUCACCAGCCUACAGCACCACAGGAGUCUAUGACCAAAUUCUCUACCAGCACUUUCGAACACCCAGGUUAGUCCAAGUGGAAGAUAUUCUUUGUGUGCCAACUGCUGGACAUCCUGAAUUCUUAGAAGGAAAUUCAGAGAAAAUUUUAAGAUGGCCGGAGCUCUACUUCAAGGUGAAAAAGAUAGUUGCAGCAGAGGGAAGAAAACAGAGUAUAGGGUACUUGGCUGACACCCAGAAUACUUCUUUAUUUCUGGGCACUUCAACAAACAAUCCUAUCCCUUCUUUUCCAUCUCAAAACACUGACAGUUUUUGGAGCAGUUUAGCUCCUUCUGGACUCUGGGAUGCAGUGAAGCAAUUGUGUGACAUUCUUGGACCAUACUUGCACAGUAGAGAGUCUCUGCUAAGUGGAACUGGAAGUGUUCUUCUAUCAGGAUCUAGUGGUGUUGGGAAAACAACAGUUGUUAGAGCUACCUGUAGCUGCCUCAAUCUCCACUUAUUCAAGGUGGACUGUGUCAGUUUGUGUGGGGACACUAGUGGAUCUACAGAAGCAAAGCUGCAUGCUGCCUUCUCACAGGCUGAGCUCUACAGCCCUUGUAUCCUGCUGCUGAAAGAUGUAGAGCUACUGGGGAGAGAACGCAGUGGGCUUGAGGAAGACUCCAGAGUUAUCCUUGCCAUAAGGCACCUUCUCCUGGACAGAGAGGCAGACACCAGUUACCCUGUCCUGGUGGUAGGCACAUCAUCCAAGCUUGGGCAUGUCCCUGCAGACUUGCAGACCGCUUUCCUUCAUGAGGUGAGAAUGGAAGCUCCUUCUGAAGAGCAGAGGAAGGCCAUGCUGAACAUGCUAACAGAGGGCCUCCCUCUGGGCAGAGAAGUGAGCCUAAGCAAACUAGCUCGGCAAAGUGCGGGUUUUGUUCUAGGAGAUUUCUGUGCUUUGCUUUCCCACAGCAGUCGUGCUGCCUGUACCAGGAUCCAGAAUUCAAGUUUCCCAAGUGGACUGAGCAAGGACGAAGAGCAGGAUUUCUGUGCUGCAGGUUUCCCUAUCCUAGCAGAAGACUUCAGCAUUGCGCUAGAUAAACUGCAUGAUGCUCAUUCACAAGCAGUGGGAGCACCAAAGAUACCAUCUGUCCUUUGGCAAGAUGUUGGUGGGCUCCAGGAUGUGAAGAAGGAAAUCCUGGACACCGUUCAACUUCCUCUAGAACACCCAGAGCUGUUAUCUUUAGGUCUCCACCGCUCUGGUCUUCUUCUCUAUGGCCCUCCUGGAACAGGAAAGACACUGCUAGCGAAGGCUGUAGCAACUGAGUGCACCAUGACGUUUCUUAGUGUGAAGGGACCAGAGCUCAUUAACAUGUAUGUUGGGCAGAGUGAAGAGAAUGUGCGUGAAGUGUUUGCCAGAGCCCGAGCAGCUGCUCCAUGCAUUAUCUUUUUUGAUGAACUUGAUUCCUUGGCACCCAAUCGUGGUCGGAGUGGAGAUUCAGGGGGUGUUAUGGAUAGAGUUGUGUCUCAGCUACUAGCAGAACUUGAUGGACUUCAUUCUUCCCCAAAUGUGUUUGUUAUUGGAGCUACAAAUAGACCUGAUCUUCUGGACCCGGCACUGGUCCGGCCAGGCAGAUUUGAUAAGCUGGUCUAUGUAGGGAUCAAUGAAGACCGAGACUCUCAGCUGCAGGUACUAAGCGCUAUCACCAGAAAAUUUAAGCUGGACCCUUCAGUGAAUCUUCUGAGUGUCCUUGACAAAUGUCCCUCACAACUAACAGGAGCAGAUUUGUAUGCACUUUGCUCUGAUGCUAUGAUGUCUGCUAUUAAAAGAAAAGUAGAGUGGAUAGAGGAAGGACUUGAUACAGAGAAAUCAGAGCUACUACUGACCAUGGAUGACUUUGUGCAAGCUGCCACAAAGUUGCAGCCUUCCGUGUCUGAACCAGAACUGCUCAGAUACAAAUUGAUUCGGCAGCGAUUUACUGCUUGAUGGACAUCCAGCUGGAAGGCAAGGGAUAUAUUCAAUUGCAACUGUACAAUCGCAAAGAAUCCAGAAGAAUUUGCCUCAGGAGCACUCUGUUGGAAACUGUAGUGGGGGGUGGGGGAUUGUCAGUCACAAUCUAGUGAAUGCUGGUGACCUGAUCAACGAGAUAGAGGUAAUGUGACCUAGUCAUAGACUGAACUGAUUGUACUCUAGCUGAGUUUGUCAUCUUCAGUGUGCAGUACCAUUUUGAUUAUAAUUUAUGUAAUGAAGUAGCCUCAUUUAUAUUCACAAUAAGUGUGAGAGAUUGGGGAGAACAGGGGCUGGCAUGAUCUUAGAAAGCCCUGCCCCGCAGCCUCCAUGUAGGCCAGGAGCUAGGUGGCGGGUGGCCCAGGUGGGUGCCAAGACCAUCCGCCUCCAAGCCCUGCCCUCCCCCGACUCCCUGCAGCCCUGCUCCUCAGUCCAGCACCCCCUCCAUGUGACCAAAAGGCGUGCACCCGGGGACAUGGGUGACCUCAUGUCCCUAUAGGGCUUGCACCUCUGGCUAUGACUCCAGUCAACAGUCCACUGCUUACAUUUAUUAUUUCUGCCUUACCGUGGCUCUAAAAAAGGCCUUUUAAUAAUGGAAGCAGAUUUGUUUAUUUAGAAGAAUAUACCAACAAAUGUAAAACAUGACCAUUAAAACUAAAACAUGACAAUUAAAACUAUUAAACAAAAAACCCCACAGCACUGCAAGGCUGGCACUGGCUACCUAUAACUAGCCAGUUGAGGGCAAAGGCCUCCAAGCACAACAGGUGGCUGUCCAAGUAUGUCCAAACAUUCUGACUGUAAGCCUCAUCCAAGUAACUUGCCAGUUAUCUAAUGACAUAACUUGUAUUAGAAUUACCCUUUGUGGGCAUUCAUUUUAAGAGAUGCAUGUGAUUUAUUCCCUAGUGUCACAGUGGACCACUGUAGAUUCAGUGUGGAUGUCCUUUCAUCUCGUUUCUCUUAAGGCCAAAAGUGUGGUCCCAUCUAGUUUAGCCCAUAGAUAUUGUCUGUACAGAAAGUACAGCAUAGAAGAAGGAAACAAUUUCUUACCUUUAGAGAAGCCUUUCAAAUUUUAUUAAUUUUGAAUCAACUUUCCAAUGUGACUCUCAAUAAUUAAACCAUAGUGCAAGAUUUAAAAGCAACAUAAAACCUAAAUAAAAUCACCAAGAGAACAAACUUGAACCAAUAGCUUUUUCCUGAGGACAGGAUCACCAAAGGAAAGCAUCUUCUGUUCGGGCAUCAAAAGGCCAACAAGGGUCAUAAAGAGAUUUACUGAGGAAGGAGCGUUUACCUUUGAUUCUUCUGCUGACAUGGCUGUGGCUCUCCCCUAUAGCCCUUCAGCAGGGUCCUUGAAAAGACAAUAGUACCUAUGCCCAAACUAGUGAUGGCUGUAUCAGUCAAGACCAUUGCCUUAGAGUCCAGAAACCAAAUAGAAGCCAGCAAAGAUGUCUGUAAAACUUGUGUGUUUCCCAUGGCUCUCUGUAUUAUAAAGGUAUUUUUUAGUAGCUGCA